UUUGUCUCUAACGUGCUGACGCAACUCCGCGUCCAGUUCAAAACAGGAAGUGAUCCUAUCUGCUGAAGACUAGCUAGCACACAUGCUGCCACGUUAUCUUAACGCCGAAGUAACAGGAAUGGGUGUAAAAGGCUUGCAGUAUUUUAUGGAGAAAUGUUGUCCAGAAACCUGUGUGAUGGUGGACUUCAGGGAGAUGGCAAGGCAGCAUGUCAACAGCCACCAACAGGGCAGUAGCACCACUCUUCCUACACUGGUGGUGGAUGGCAUGGCCUGUCUGAGGCACUGGUAUAGCUGUCAAGCCUGGGUGUAUGGUGGUCAGUGGAAAGAGUAUAUGCAUUGCCUGAAGGAGUUUGUUGGUGCAUUCACGACUGCAGGUAUCCGACUUGUGUUUUUCUUCGACGGGGUAGUGGAAGAAGAGAAACGGGCGGAGUGGGUGAAUCGGCGACUGAAGGUGAACGAGGAGGUUGCCAAGGUGUUCCGCUAUUUAAAGUUUCAUGGUCAACAGCCUGGCCAGGAGCUGUUCUGCCUCCCCUCAGGGCUGGCCACCUUCUCUCGCUUUGCCCUCAAGUCUCUGGGCCAGGAGACCUGGUGCUCUGUUCGCGAGGCCGACUAUGAGAUCGCCAGCUUUGCACUCCGUCACAACUGUAUGGGCAUCCUGGGGCAGGACACAGACUUCAUCAUCUAUGGCUCAGUCCCCUAUCUGUCUGUGGCUCAGCUAAGGCUAGACACCAUGACCACUGUGCUGUUUUCCACAGACAAACUGUGCCACGCCCUCCAGCUGCAGAAGAGUGAGCUCCCUCUGCUCGCGUGUCUCCUUGGUAAUGACGUGGUGCCAGAGCAGCGGAUGCAGCGGCUGCGUAGCGAUGCCUUGGCAGCUUACAGGAGGAAACAUCCACAGUCUCCACCUCAAGGGGAGAAGAUUUAUGCUGUAGCAGAUUUCAUCAGUAGCAACAAGCUGUCCAGAGAGGGAGCCCAUGGUGUUAGCUGUCUGCCUCUAACAGAUAGAGAGGUUCUGGAGAAAGGAGUACUGUACUAUCUACUUCCUGGUCAACAGCCGCUAUGGGACAUUAGUGAUACCUCUCCUCGUAGCCCCGUGUGUCUGAUGAAGAGCUACUUGAGUCCUGACAUCCUCCAGGCAGCCAAAGAAAAGCACAUGCGAGCAGAGUGUUUUAUGGUAUACAAUGUACUGUAUGAUGGUGUGGUGGAAUGCAGUAAUACACUUGAAGACGGGGAUGAUGCUGAGCUCAUUCCACAGGCAAUUGUGUAUCAACCUUGCAGAGAACGCAUCUACGGCAUUCUGUUACCCACAAAUCCAGACAGUGGUGGACGGGCCCCAACCGUGAGGGAAUGGUUUGUUUUUCCUGGAAACCCACUAAAGGACCCCAAAGUAGUCUCUCCCUUGCCCCUGAACCACUCUGAUUUGAAGCGUUUAUGGUUUGGGAAGGACUCCGAAACAAAAGGCCUCCGCAUCUCCACCUUCUUGGCUGUAUUUGAGUUGGAUGAAUUCUCAGUGGAGCAUGAUCGUCUGGAUGGCUCUUUGAUGGCUGUGCUGUGCCUUGUGACUUACAUUGCCAUGCAGGUGGGCCACCUCUCCUUGGAAGACAUAGAUGCAUAUCUCAGCCAAGCUAUCUGUGUCAGGUACAAAUCCUACACAGAACUGCUUCACACAAGGGUCUCUCAUGUGGAGCCCCGGGCGGUUCAGCUGGGCUCUCUGUUUGUCCGAGGGCUGACCCACCUGGUGGCCGCCAACAGUGCUUGCGGAUGCCCCUUCCCCAUGGAGCAGCUGAUGCCCUGGAACACCUUUGACGGCCUGCUCUUCCACUCAAAGUAUCUGCUGGCUCACUCAGGGAGGCCUCAGGAGGAGCUGCUGGAGGGCAAUGCAUCCUGGGUGUCCCUGUUCCGUUUUCUGAGAGAGCUGGUCCUGGGAAUCUGCAGCAGCCGUGGCCAGACCAUCCAGUCCAGACCACGGAUAACACAUCCCGGAUGUGAUCUAUAUUAGGUAACAUAACAAGACAACCAAAUUAUAACAUCCCAGGACCAGCCUGUUACAAAGUCCUCAACCCCCACUGCUCAUCUGGCAUCCAGCGUACUGUGGUUCUCUUUGGAGAUUAAAAGAACCCGGACGGAAAAAUCUGUUUGUUCUCUUGACAUUGAACAACACGUGAAAUAUGAACUACAUUUUCUUUAGCUUUGGUUGGUUUUGCUUGGGCUGCAAUGAUUUGAUUUGUGAUGUCUGCUCUUUGUCCAAACACAGUAUUUGAAUGAAUGUAUGAUACCCUAUUUCUGUGGGCCACAAAUACUAUGAGAUAUUGAGCGUGGAAAGGAGGCUUAAGUUUGGAAUAAGCGACUAGUUCUGUAAACAAAAUCUAACAAACUCAAAAUAAGUGUUGAAGUAUAGAUGGGAAUGGGAACUUGUCCCAAACAGUCAUGCUUAGUAGGGCCAAGACAAUACCAGUAUCUCCAUACUCCUUAGUAUCGUAGCAAGGAAACAAAACAUGAAGCGGAUUUAAAUUAUUUAGGAAAACAGGGUCUAAUGUUGGAAACAGACAUCGUUAUGUUGUCAUCCAGUCACAUGUAUUUAUUUUCCAAGCUAUAGGGCACAAUAUUUGACAUACAGCAGGUUUUUAAACGGAACAAAAGAGUUUCGUCUGCUUUGUGUUUUCAUUUUUGCCAUGGAAAAUAUAUUGAGAUAUUGGUAUCGUCACAGCCCUACAAUAAGCCCUACAAUGCUUUUCAGUAAAAAAUUGUUAUGCUCCCAGAAUAUUGAGUUCCUCUGAGGUGAAACAAACAUUCUGACCUUAAUAACAUAAUGAGGCCCCUCUAAUCAUUAGAGUGGCUAAGUAAAAACAAGACAAAAACAGAGCCACCACGACCAUGCGUGUGUGUCUGCCUGCAUGCGUGUGUCUGCCUGCAUGCUUGUGUGUCUGCCUGCAUGCGCGUGUGAGGCCGAUGUUUUAAGAACUGCCUUUUUUUCCCCUUUCGUUUUUGUUUGUCUCCUUGCCAAUGUUCACUUUAAGUCUCUUGUCUUUCAUACAAGUAUUGUCCUGAGUUUAUAGAUCCCAUACGCUGAAAAAAACCAGUUUUUUACUCCUUUUAUUCAGUGUACACAAAGGUAUGUCUUCAAUAUAUGUCUUAGACUCAACCAGUAAUCAUUACCCAAGGGUUGUGGGGAGAUGGUGGUGGCGCUUUGCGAGCACAGAAUUGUAUGGUUUGUGUUUGGAGUGAUUCUUAAUGUUUCGUCUCCACAGCGAAAUAUUUAUACCGAGACUCUGAAACUCAUAAUUAACAGAGCAUUUAAAUAUUUUGUGUGGUGUUUUCCUCAGGGAAGCAUGUGGAUCACAGCGAGCAGUGGAGGGAAAGAGGAGCCCCAUCGGGACAGCAUGGUCCCUCUCCUCAACGCUACAGACCCCAGACCAGAUCCCCAUCAGGACAGCAUGGUCCCUCUCCUCAACGCUACAGACCCCAGACCAGAUCCCCGUCAGGACAGCAUGGUCCCUCUCCUCAACGCUACAGACCCCAGACCAGAUCCCCUUCAGGACAGCAUGGUCCCUCUCCUCAA